AGCCGAGUGGGGCCAACAGUUGCGAUACCAAAGGGUUUCCGACACCAUCUCUCGACCAGCAAAAUGAAGCUCCUGAUUGUCCUCUCCGCCCUGGUGGCUGUCUCCGUUGCUGAUCUGCAGCUCUCAGAGGAGCAGAAGGCCACGGCCCACGCCAACGGUGCUCUGUGCAUCCAGCAGGAGGGCAUCACCAAGGAUCAAGCCCAGGCCCUGCGAGCCGGCAACUUUGAGGAUAGCGAUCCCAAGGUCAAGUGUUUCGCCAACUGUUUCCUGGAGAAGGCUGGUUUUCUGGCCAAUGGCCAGAUCAAGCCCGAUAUCGUGCUGGCCAAGCUGGGCCCACUGGCCGGCGAGGACAAUGUGAAGGCUGUCCAGGCCAAAUGUGACUCGCUGAAGGGCGCCGACAACUGUGACACCGCCUACCAGCUGUUCCAGUGCUAUCACAAGCAGCACGCCCAGAUCUAGGCCCAGAUCCAGGCCCACCUCUCAGUCCAUCUCAGUACCUUCAAAAUGUAUUAUGUGCAAGGAUAUUGUAUCUGUGAAUUGUUAAGCACUUGUUUGUCCAGCCCAAAAGUAAAUGUAAAAUGGCAAAAGUUUAAGUCCAUGCAGCUGA